AUGCUGUUCGGAACUCCGGCGGGAGACGUCCUCAGCUCCAACAACCUGUCCGCCUGGUGGGACGAUGGAAAGCGUCAGACCAUCGAGGAAUUCAAGGCCGAAUGCUACGACCUGACGAUCAAGAUGAUGUCCAGCUUCGCCGUGUCCAUGGGCCUCGACAAGGACUACUUCUCUCUCAUUCACCAACACAGAGCUCCUGGCCAUACACUGAGAUGUAUCAAGUACCCCCAACUCGGACAGCAACCGGAAGAAGGCCGCCUUCCCCGGCUGUCAACACACACAGACUGGGGCAGCCUGACGUUUGUCUUCACCAAACAGGCGGGCCUGGAGAUUCAAGACCCUCAGAAUCAAUGGUUCCAUGUUCCAGUCAUACCCGGGGGCAUCGUGGUCAACAUCGGCGACGCGCUGUCUCUUUGGACCAGUAAGACCCUCAAAUCCACUCUACACAGGAUCACCUGGGAAAAUCUCCCUGCCAACCGAGACCGCUAUAGCAUGGCUUAUUUUUCUCAACCAAACAACGGUAAGCACAGCACUUGCACUGUCUCCGUCCGUAUUGGAACUAAGUGA